AGUAUUAGACAUUCUUCAUCUACUAUAUGAGUGAAUCUUGGAAGGCUUCUCCCAUGUGCUUGGCCCCAAUAAGUUACAGACCGGUUGCCAGCAUGGUAUGCAGUCACUCUUGCGAGCAGUUUGAGCCGCUAGCAUAGAUUCAGAUACGUUAGUGAGACACUCAUAUCGUAAGGUAGUGCCAACAGUGAAUGGAAGUUCUGUGAGGAGAAUCAUCAAGAAUUGGUUAUCCACGUUUUACGCGUACCUGUUCAGUUUACCGCCACAAACGAAUCGUGUGCAGCACGCUCCGCCGCUCGCCGCACUUCAGUUUCUGUUAGAUAUAUUUGUUGCUAAUAGCUUGUGCUUUCUGUACAAUAUUCCACAUAUACACCGGUUUCCAACAUACAUUCAUAUCCGAUCGUGAGUAGCGCGAGAAACACACGUAUGUUUCUCUGCGAAAGAAAACGUCGUCAAAAAGUAUCUUUUAUAAAAAGAAUUUCACAAAAGUUCCGCGAAUUCAGUUGAUCCAAAGCAAUCGGAAUCAGCGGAGUUUCAGUGUUGGUUGUCUAGACUGUGACGUUUUUUUUUAUCUUUCCACGAUAUCUGUUUUUAUAAAUAAAACUGUAAUCCACUCGUGUAGUGAUUCUCGUUUCCACUACUUCACUCAUUUAAAAGUCAAGUAAUUACAAAGAGUGCGUUUCAAGAACCAAAGGUCAAAGAUAUUAUACAAUCAUAUCAGUCUAAACAAGGUGCGAAAAAGUUCUCUCUGUACAAAUUUCAUUUAGGUGAAACAAAUAUUGACUCUCGCAACAACUUUAACAACCUCGUCACUCUCGUCGUCAUCCAGGCAGAUAUCAACAACUGCAGUCAUGAAUUCUGGUCAAACGAAAAGUGAAUGUACAAUUUCUGAAAUCUUCUGUCAUGGACGACUACUACAUACAAUACAAAUGGCUCAAUUAUACCCCGACUCGAAAACUUUCGUUGACAUGAAACUAAAAGAUACGCCUGCACAAACACUAAAGGCUUUUGACGAUAUGAUGGCUGCGAAAAAUAAUACGCCCUCCAAAGAUGACUUGAAACAAUUCGUAGAGGACAAUUUCGAAAAAUCAGGCACAGAAUUUGAAGACUGGGACCCAUCAGACUGGAAAGAGAAUCCAAAAUUCCUCCAACUUGUCUACAAUUCCGAACUACGGUCUUGGGGUAGUAAUCUAAAUCACCUUUGGAAGAUGUUAGGUCGUAAAAUGAUCAAAGAUGUAGCGUUGCAUCCCGAGUUAUAUUCUAUUAUCUACGUGGAGAAUCCUGUAAUCGUACCAGGCGGAAGAUUCAAGGAAUUUUACUACUGGGACUCAUACUGGAUCGUUCGCGGUCUCCUCUACUCGGAAAUGUACACUACCACUCGUGGCAUGCUCAGCAAUUUCUUAUCAAUCGUUGAACGAUUCGGAUUCAUCCCUAAUGGAGGACGCGUCUACUAUUCCAAACGGUCACAACCACCGCUAUUAGCUGCGAUGAUCCAAUCAUACAUUGAAUUCACUGGCGAUGAUGAGUUCGCUAUCAAAAGUGUUGAUAUACUUGAACACGAGUUCGAGUUUUGGAUGAACAAUCACACGCAUGAAAUCAACGGACAUAUUUUAGCAGCAUAUGGAGAUGCUUCUACUGGCCCCCGGCCGGAGUCCUACAGCGAGGAUGUUAAAACAGCGGAAAUUUUCGAGACUGACGCAGAAAAGGAAGAAUGCUACUCCGAAUUGAAAGCAGCCGCAGAAUCUGGUAUGGACUUUUCCAGUCGAUGGUUUAUUGUUGCGGAUGGAUCGAAUAACGGUACACUAAAAGACCUCAAGACUCGAUCGAUAAUUCCAGUCGAGCUGAACGCCAUUCUCUUUUGGAAUGCCAAAAUUAUCGCUGGAAUUCAUUCGAAAAGUGGGAAUAUCGAAAAAGCCAACCAAUAUGAGACUAAAGCUCAAGAAAUUUAUAGAGCUAUUCAAGCUGUUCUUUGGGAUGAAGACGUUGGUGCUUGGCUAGAUUAUGAUAUGAUCAACAACAAGAGAAGAAACUAUUUUGUUCCCACCAAUCUAGCACCGCUUUGGAUGAAAUGUUACAACAUUUCUGAUACAGAACACAUUGCUUCGCGUGUCCUUAAAUAUAUCAAUGACACAGGGAUUGAUCAAUAUCCUGGUGGAGUACCAAAUACUCUAUCGAAGACUGGCGAACAAUGGGACUUCCCCAACGUAUGGCCACCAAUGCAAUAUCUCCUCAUUGAAGGCCUGGAAAAAUUGGGAACAAAAGAAACUAAAGAAUUGGCUUACAAAUGGGCUGAAAGAUGGACAUUGUCAAAUUACAAGGCAUUCAAAGACACCACACACAUGUUUGAAAAGUACGACGCUGAAGAGUUCGGAGGACAUGGCAAAGGUGGAGAAUAUGAAGUUCAAUUAGGAUUCGGAUGGUCGAACGGAGUAGUCAUCGAAUUUUUGGCGAAAUACGGAGAUAAAUUACGUGUUGCAGGAGGUUCGGGGGUAGGGUUAAAAACAUUCUUUUUCGGUGGAGCAGCAACUGCAGUGUUAGCGGUGUUAGCUACUAUAUUGGGAAGAUCGUUGUGGUGAGAGUGUUGAUAUUCGAAGCAUGUUAAGGUUUUUUUGUGAUCUGCUGAGCAGUAAGAGUGCAUAUUUAUAAUAAUAAAACCCAAGCCAAAAGAUAUUUUCAACUAGAAGUGUUUCUAAUCAAUUAACAUGCCGAAUUCAGCGGAAGCUCAUCUUGACAAUAAACACCAACACAAAAACAUGUGUACAAACAGACUAUACAUUGACCAGAUUAAGUAUAUUCAUAGAUGACUAGCUUUCCAACCGGAAACUGAUGAUUUGUUACCUAAACUUGAUUAACGUGAAUUCAGUUUUUCUCGCAACCUUUACUAUUACAAAAUUAAGGAUAAGUUAGACUGUCCAAACGCCCAGAACAGUCUUACAUAUAUACAAUUCUAUGUAUCAGAACGCGUGAUAAAACUUUGUUUACUAAUAUUUAUCAUAAGAAAUCGACGUAUUGUUUUUACACCCUCAACUGCGUGUGCUCUAGGAUGCAUAAAAUAUGUGAUGGGCAGUAUCAGUAUUUUUAACACUUUUACCUAAUAAUGUAUUUGAACGACAAUGAAUUUAUUCGAGCAUUAGUCCUGAUAGUCAUUACAGUAGUGAUAUUUUUCGGUACUGCUUUUGUUUUUCCUAUAAUCCUGUGGACAGUUUUUCGUUUAAUCGUACACUUAAACUAGUUCAAUUGUUUUCCUUAUUUUUUGUAUUUAUAUCAAAGUUUUGCUUUGGUUUGAUUUGUUUGCACGAAAGUGUGUUUUUAGUAACCAUUUAGGAAUGAUAUUUGAACAGUAAAGUUUAUAAAACCUCUUUGGUGCUGUUACUAAAGUAAAUCUAAUAUUUUGCAUACAGGAAAUGGUGGAGGAAGUAAUUAUAAUGAUGACAAGACAGGAAUGUCUGCACGCGAAUGUAUGUACAAAGUUAUUUUUACUUUAUGCUAUAUGUACCGUAUUGAUAAGUAUUUAAAAUGAUAAAUAAAAAGUAUUUGCUGGCAAA